CUUGUGGUCCACGGGAAGCAUGUCCAUAACCAAAGCCUGGAACAGCUCAUCAGUGACCAUGUUCAUCCUCCUGGGAUUCACAGACCAUCCAGAACUCCAGGCCCUCCUCUUUGUGACCUUCCUGGGCAUCUAUCUUACGACCCUGGCCUGGAACCUGGCCCUCAUUUUUCUGAUCAGAGGUGACACCCAUCUGCACACACCCAUGUACUUCUUCCUAAGCAACUUAUCUUUCAUUGACAUCUGCUACUCUUCUGCUGUGGCCCCCAAGAUGCUCACUGACUUCUUCUGGGAGCAGAAGACCAUAUCAUUUGUGGGCUGUGCUGCUCAGUUUUUUUUCUUUGUCGGCAUGGGUCUGUCUGAGUGCCUCCUCCUGACUGCUAUGGCAUACGACCGAUAUGCAGCCAUCUCCAGCCCCCUUCUCUACCCCACUAUCAUGACCCAGGGCCUCUGUACACGCAUGGUGGUUGGGGCAUAUGUUGGUGGCUCCCUGAGCUCCCUGAUCCAGGCCAUCUCCAUAUUUAGGCUUCACUUUUGCGGACCCAACAUCAUCAACCACUUCUUCUGCGACCUCCCACCAGUCCUGGCUCUGUCUUGCUCUGAAACCUUCCUCAGUCAAGUGGUGAAUUUCCUCGUGGUGGUCACUGUGGGAGGAACAUCGUUCCUCCAACUCCUUAUCUCCUAUGGUUACAUAGUGUCUGCUGUCCUGAAGAUCCCUUCAGCAGAGGGCCGAUGGAAAGCCUGCAACACGUGUGCCUCGCAUCUGAUGGUGGUGACUCUGCUGUUUGGGACAGCCCUUUUCAUGUACUUGCGACCCAGCUCCAGCUACGCGCUAGGCAGGGACAAGGUGGUGUCUGUGCUUUAUUCACUGGUGAUCCCCAUGCUGAACCCUCUCAUUUACAGUUUGAGGAACAAAGAGAUCAAGGAUGCCCUGUGGAAGGUGUUGGAAAGGAAGAAAGUGUCUUCUUAGGUCAUGCGUAGAAACUUGUUUAUCCAAACUGCUGGAGAAUUAAACGAUCCAAGCCUUCACCUCCACCUCUGC